GAGCGCGGCCGCGGGGCAUUGUGGGGCGGCGGUGCGGCCUGGUAGGUAAACAGGGCUGAGGGGACGGGCGGUGUUCGCCACCGGGACCGAUACUGGCACUGGCACCGGCACCGGCACUGGCACCGGCACUGGCACCGGGACCGGGACCGGGACCCGUGAGGGCGGCUGCUCUAGGCUCCGAGGAAGUGCUGGGGUUCCCUGCCCCAGCCUGUGCCCAGGCCUGGCGCUGUUUCGCUGCGGUCGCUCUCUCGCGUCUCUUCCGGGGUCCGCGCAGACCCGGGUGUUACGUUAACAAAAAGGAAAAAAGCUAAAAUGGCCUCAGGUGCGGUAGCGAACGCCCCUCCUGCAGGAGGGACAAACGAUGUGAGCCUGGAGGAACCAAAGAAGAUGACGAGGGAAGAUUGGAGGAAAAAGAAGGAAUUAGAAGAGCAGAGAAAACUGGGAAAUGCACCUGCAGAAGUGGAUGAAGAAGGAAAAGAUAUCAACCCUCACAUUCCUCAGUACAUCUCCUCAGUACCAUGGUACAUAGAUCCCUCUAAAAGACCCACCCUGAAGCAUCAGAGACCUCAGCCAGAGAAGCAGAAGCAGUAUAACUCCUCUGGAGAUUGGUACAAACGGGGAGUUCAGGAGCACGCUGUGGCCACGCGCUACCGCAAGGGAGCCUGUGAGAACUGCGGGGCCCUGACCCACAAGAAGAAGGACUGCAUGGAGAGACCCAGGAAAGUUGGAGCAAAAUACACAGGCAUGAAUAUUGCCCCAGAUGAGCAUGUGCAGCCUCAGCUGAUGUUUGACUAUGAUGGGAAGCGAGACAGGUGGAAUGGUUAUAACCCAGAGGAGCACAUGAAAAUUGUCGAGGAAUAUUCCAAGGUUGAUUUGGCCAAACGUACCCUGAAAGCCCAGAAGCUUCAGGAGGAGUUGGCAUCAGGGAAGCUGGAGCAAGUGAACUCCCCAAGACACCAGUGGGGAGAAGAGGAAUCAAAUUCACAGACAGAAAGAGAUCAUAACAGUGAGGAUGAAGAUGAAGACAAAUACGCAGAUGACAUCGAUAUGCCUGGGCAGAACUUUGACUCCAAAAGACGCAUCACCGUCCGAAAUCUACGGAUCCGGGAAGAUAUUGCUAAGUACUUGAGGAAUCUAGAUCCAAACUCUGCUUAUUAUGAUCCCAAAACAAGAGCAAUGAGGGAGAACCCUUAUGCCAACACAGGCAAGAAUCCAGACGAGGUUGGUUAUGCAGGUGACAACUUUGUUCGCUACACAGGCGAUACCAUCUCAAUGGCACAGACUCAGUUGUUUGCCUGGGAGGCUUAUGACAAAGGCUCUGAAGUUCAUCUUCAAGCAGACCCCACAAAAUUAGAGCUCCUUUAUAAAUCCUUCAAAGUGAAAAAAGAAGAUUUCAAGGCACAGCAGAAAGAAAGCAUCCUAGAAAAGUAUGGAGGACAAGAACAUUUAGAUGCCCCUCCAGCUGAACUGCUGUUAGCUCAAACAGAAGAUUAUGUGGAGUAUUCUAGGCAUGGAACAGUCAUCAAAGGACAGGAGAAAGCUAUUGCUUGUUCUAAGUAUGAAGAGGAUGUGAAGAUCAACAACCAUACAUGCAUUUGGGGCUCGUAUUGGAAAGAAGGCAAGUGGGGUUACAAGUGCUGUCACUCCUUUGUCAAGUACUCCUACUGUACAGGAGAAGCUGGGAAAGAAAUUGCUAAUGCAGAGGCAAGUUUAAUGGAAGAGCAGCCUGAGGAGGAAGAACACAUGACAAAACCCAAAACACUGAUGGAGAUCCACCAAGAGAAACAGAAAGAGAAGAAAAAGAAGAAGCACAAGAAGAGCUCAAAUUCUGACAGUGAGGGUGAAGAGAAGAAGAAGCAAGAAAAACUAAAGAAGGCUCUGAAUGCUGAGGAGGCUCGACUUCAGCACAUCAAAGAAAUCAUGCAGUUAGAUGAGAGGAAGAGACCAUACAACAGCCAGUAUGAAGCCAGGGAACCAACAGAAGAGGAGAUGGAGGCCUACAGAAUGAAAAGGCAGAGACCUGAUGACCCCAUGGCCUCUUUCCUUGGGCAGUAGUCACAGAGAGCAUCAUUCCAGUACAUGAGGCUUUUUGCACAGCUGUUUACAACUCUCUAGACACUUGAUUCCUUUGCACAUGUCUAAAAUGGCAGAGACCUUUUUGUGCUCCAAGGAACUUUGUGAAAGCUUCUUUCAGCAGACAUGAAGUCUAUUACUUACUGGAGUUUUGUAAAUGUGUGUGUAUGUAUACAAAUACAGACAUAUACAUAUACACACAUAUAUGUAAUAUAUGUGUAGAUAAAAUACACACACCUACUCUGUAAAUUCUUGAAGGGAAGAGAUCUAGCUGAAAUCCUACCUUUAGUUGGCCAACUAAUGCAUAAAGUUGUGAUACAGUAAAACUAACUAGUCAGAAGAAAUGGUCAGCAGGUGUCAAUAUAGAACCAAAAACUGUUGACAAAAAAUUGACACAACUAUUUCUAGAGCAUUUUUUCUUGUAAAGACUGUCUCAUGAUUGAAAAGAAUACAUAGUUUCUUGGUAACUUUGCAGUAAGUACUUUGGAAAUGUAAAAAUUUAUUGCUUUGUUCUGGUUACAUCAAUAUAAAGAUCUUAAGUGCUGUCUAGCCUUUUAAAUGGAAGGGUUAGGGGAAGCUGACUGUAGCAUUUUUAAAUUCUAGUUGUUUCUUCAGAUACAUUUCCAGAUAAAUUUCAAUUGCAAAGAUCUGAGUUCUUGGGUUUCCUUUUGAUGACAUGGUGUGACACCUGUGUUAGGCUCUAAUCCUAUGUGAGAAGGUGAAGCAGAAUCUGCUUAAUUCUGGCAAUAUUAGUCCUUAAUUUGGGAGUUUUCCCCUUUUAACUAAUGAAAAGUUGAAGAACUGUGUAAAAAAUCUGCACAGCAUGACUUUAGAGUUGGAAGGCUUGGGAAUUGCUUCUAUUGAGGCUUAAACUGUCUUUCCAAGGAAAAACUGCUCUUCUCCAUAAAUAAGUAGAUACAGAAAACAUACCUGUAAGUGUCCUGUGUGUGAUUUCACAGGUGCUUUGGGGACUGAAUGUUUUGAUUUGGCACAUGUAGCUGAUAAUGGCAAUUCUGCACUGCUCUGCAAGGCAGUUCUGUAUUAAUACAAUAUUUGAUAUUCUUAUUGGUGACCAGAAUUUUGAGUAUUUACUGUGUGUCAGAUCCUCUGCCACACAGUAAAAGCAAACUAUCUGAAUUAGCUGAUUUGAACUGAAUUGCUCUUCUCAGGGCUGUAGCACCUGAGGUUGUGCCAGCACAACUGCAACUGCUGCUGGCUUGGUCAGCACCAAGUUUAAUUUGAGGGAAGAGGAGCUGUCAGAAAGGUUCCCUGAAUUAUUUACAUACCUUUCUCAAAGCUGCAGUUCAGUCUAAAAAAAAAAGUUUCGUCUGAAAGACUUGAUUCUUAAUAAAGGAGGUGAUUCAGAAAUAGCACAAGAAGUAACACAAAGGAAAUUUCAAGACUAACUUUGUAAGCUGUGGAUUGACUGCAUGGAAGCUUUAAUCCAUUGAGUCUCUACUGAAUUUAUGUUAAGUGAUUGUUUAGGGAUUAAAAUUCACUGCUAAAUUUAGCAUAUAGUUUUCACCAAUGAGUCAACCCAAGCACUUGAGGCAAUAGUUGAUCCUUGCCGGCUCUUUAAUCUGAACUCUAAAGGAAGAGAGUUAUUUUAAAGGGCUUCAGGUUAUUUAUUUUAACCUUGAGAAGAAAGCAUUAUCCUUUUAUCCUGAGACUUGUUCUUAAAAGCUGCAACAUUUAUCAGAUGAUUUAAAAAAACCCUCAUGCAUACAUUUCCAGCUAGAAUAUACUCCAGUGAGAUGGAUAAACAUUUGUCAGAGUAGCAGGAAAUGUGAAGCAAUGCUGAUACACUUAGAACCUAUCAGGAAUAAACAGACCUGUCUGGUUUUUGUCACAAAUAUGAAAUGGCAUUUCUCCUCUUUGGGAGUUUAUCCUUGGUGCAGCACUUCAUACAUAUGUAAGGUUAUUUCUUGGAUCAUGAAGUUUUUUGCACUUGUCCCAGUUACUGUAUAGGCUUCUCCAAGAACAGGAAAGGAGUAUGGUCAGAAUUAAAAAAUACCAUUUUGCUCUUCACCUACAUUGGGCUGUCCAAUAAAUAAAAAUACCAAUCCUGCUUCAAAGCAAA